ACAAAUUAAAAAUGGCUAACGUUAACGCGACGGUUCCGUUUCCCUCAAACCUUUUGCCAAACGAAGGAAGCCCGGAAUGGAUGAGCAAAGCAGACAAUGCAUGGCAGCUGAUAGCUGCAACACUGGUGGGGUUGCAAAGCGUUCCAGGGCUCAUAAUUUUGUACGGUGGAGCAGUGAAGAAGAAAUGGGCAGUGAACUCAGCGUUCAUGUCGCUGUAUGCUUUUGCUUGUGUGUUUUUCUGUUGGGUUGUGUGGGGAUACAGAAUGUCCUUUGGUGACCAGCUUCUUCCUUUCUGGGGAAAGCCAGCUAUGUCCUUGGAACAAGCUUAUCUUUUUAAGCCUGCGUUUCUGGGGCUCUUCCCGAAUGCCACCAUGGUCUAUUUCCAGUGUGUGUUUGCUGCCAUUACUUUGAUUCUCAUUGCUGGGGCUCUCUUGGGUCGCAUGAACUUCUAUGCUUGGAUGUUGUUUGUGCCCUUGUGGCUCACAUUCUCCUACACCUUCACAGCCUACAGCAUUUGGAGCCCUGCUGGCUUUUUGUCCACCAUGGGGAUCAUUGACUACUCUGGUGGCUAUGUCAUCCAUUUGUCUUCCGGGGUUGCUGGAUUCACAGCUGCAUUUUGGGUUGGACCACGGCUAAACAAGGACAGGGAAAGGUUCCCUCCAAACAACAUCCUUCUUAUGCUGGCAGGGGCAGGGAUGUUGUGGAUGGGAUGGACUGGCUUCAACGGGGGAGAUCCAUACUCAGUGGGUUUAGAUGCUUCCCUCGCCGUCCUCAACACUCAUGCUUGCACUGCCACCAGCUUGCUCACUUGGGUCAUCCUUGAUGUCAUCUUUUUCCGAAAGCCUUCUGUCAUUGGAGCCGUUCAAGGCAUGAUCACUGGUUUGGUUUGCAUUACCCCAGCUGCAGGAGUUGUGCAGGGAUGGGCAGCACUUAUAAUGGGAGUCCUCUCAGGCUCAAUUCCUUGGGUCACCAUGAUGGUGAUCCAUAAGAGAUCAAAGCUACUGCAGAAGGUUGAUGAUACAAUGGCAGUGUUUCACACACAUGCUAUUGCAGGAACCCUAGGAGGACUCCUCACUGGACUCUUUGCUAAUCCAAAGCUUAACAAGAUUUUCUAUGGAAAUUAUUUAAAAUACGUUGGUUUAUUUUAUGGCCUCCAUGACAAAAGGCCCAUGGUCGGGUUCAGGCAAAUGGGAGUCCAAAUCCUUGGGAUUCUCUUUGUUAUCGUUGUUAAUGUUAUCAGCACAAGCUUGAUUUGCCUCUUCAUUAGACUUUUUGUUCCGUUGAGAAUGUCUGAAGAGGAUAUGGAGAUAGGUGAUGAGGCUGCUCAUGGAGAAGAAGCUUAUGCCAUCUGGGGUCAGGGCGAUAAGCUUGAAAAUUCAAGUUCAAAGUAUGGAAGUUCAUUAUACGAUGAUGUUGAAGCUGCAGCCCCUAAGAAGAAGCGCUGUGGCACGGUUGAGAUGAUUUAAAACUAUAUAUAUAUAUGUAGUAUGAUGCCAUUCUCUUGUUUUCAAAAACAUAUUCAAGUAAAUAAAAAGGACGUGUCUCAUUGUUGUUUGGGUCCUACGUAUACAACAACUUCGGUAUUUUGAUUUCCGUAUGUGCAUUCUUCGUAACAAAUUAAGAUUAGUGAUGGAAAUGUAUUUUUAAUUAAUGUAUUUACAACUCCGUGUCCAUUGUAGAAGCAAAAUAUAUC